UUCUCCCUCCUCUGUUCCCCGGCCGAGAACUCGCCAUGGACCGCCGCGCGGCCUUCUUCUCUUACCACGCGGGCGUCAUGGGGACGGCGCUACUGAUGCUGGUGCCGUCAGUGGUGUUGGGCGGUGGGCCGGCGUUCUCGUGCGGGCCGCCGCAGCAGGCCCAGUACGCGUUCUGCAACAGGGCGCUUCCCGCGGAGCAGCGGGCGGCGGACCUGGUGGCGAAGCUGACGCUGGAGGAGAAGGUCUCGCAGCUGGGCGACCAGGCGCCCGGGGUGCCCAGGUUCGGCGUCCCAGGCUACAACUGGUGGUCCGAGGGCCUCCACGGCGUCUCCAUGUGGGGCCACGGCAUGCACUUCAACGGCGCCGUCCGCGGCGUCACCACCUUCCCCCAGGUCCUCCUCACCACCGCCUCCUUCGACGACUCCAUCUGGUACCGCAUCGGACAGGCGAUCGGGACGGAGGCCAGGGCGAUGUUCAACCUGGGCCAAGCGGACGGGCUGACCAUCUGGUCCCCCAACGUGAACAUAUACCGCGACCCUCGGUGGGGUCGCGGUCAGGAGACCCCUGGCGAGGACCCGGCCACGGCGAGCAAGUAUGCCGUGGCCUUCGUCAGGGGACUUCAGGGAACCUCCACGACGACGCUGCAGACCUCGGCGUGCUGCAAGCAUGCCACGGCGUACGAUCUCGACGACUGGAACCGGAUUGGACGCUACAAUUUCAACGCCAAGGUGACGGCCCAAGAUCUGGAGGAAACGUUCAAUCCGCCGUUCAAGAGCUGCGUGGUGGAAGGGAAGGCAACCUGCGUUAUGUGUGCCUAUACUAGCGUCAAUGGCAUCCCUGCCUGCGCCGACUCUGGCCUCCUCACGAAAACCAUCAAGGGAGAAUGGGGAAUGAACGGGUACAUUUCUUCAGAUUGUGAUGCAGUGGCUCUAUUGUACGGUACACGUUAUUCGGGCACACCAGAAGAUGCGGUUGCAGCAGCCAUCAAGGCCGGGCUGGACAUGAAUUGCGGCAACUUCAGCCAGGUGCACGGCAUGGCGGCGCUGCAGCAGCGGAAGAUGAGUGAGCAGGACGUGGACAAGGCCCUGCGGAACCUCUUCGCCAUCCGGAUGCGUCUGGGCCACUUCGACGGCGACCCGCUUCAGAGCCCGCUCUACGGGCGCCUCGGAGCCCAGGACGUGUGCUCGCCAGCCCACAAGGAUCUGGCCCUGGAAGCGGCCCAGAACGGCAUCGUGCUCCUCAAGAACGACGCCGCCACGCUCCCGCUCAGCCGGCCCACGGCGGCUUCGGCCUCCUUCGCCGUCAUCGGGCCCAACGCCAACGAGCCCGGCGCGCUCCUCGGGAACUACUUCGGCCCGCCCUGCGAGACCACCACGCCAUUGCAGGCGCUCCAGAAGUUCUACUCCAAGAACGUCCGCUUCGUCCCCGGCUGCGACUCGGCCGCCUGCAACGUCGCCGAUACUUACCAGGCCUCCGGGCUCGCAGCGACCUCGGACUACACGAUCCUCUUCAUGGGCCUGAGCCAGAAGCAGGAGCAAGAAGGCCUGGACAGAACAAGCCUGCUCCUCCCGGGGAAACAAGAAAGCCUCAUCACGGCCGUGGCCGCAGCCGCGAAACGGCCCAUAAUCCUGGUCCUUCUCACCGGCGGCCCAGUGGACAUCACGUUCGCGAAAUUCAACCCCAAGAUCGGGGCCAUCCUCUGGGCCGGGUACCCGGGCCAGGCCGGCGGGCUCGCCAUCGCGAAAGUCCUCUUCGGGGAGCACAACCCCAGCGGCCGGCUGCCGGUGACGUGGUACCCGGAGGAGUACACGAAGGUGCCCAUGGACGACAUGAGGAUGCGCGCCGACCCGGCCACCGGCUACCCCGGCCGGAGCUACAGAUUCUACAAGGGCAACGCCGUCUACAAGUUCGGCUACGGGCUCAGCUACUCCAAAUUCUCCCGCCAGCUCGUCCGCAACAGCAGCAGCAACAACAGAGCGCCAAACACGGAGCUGCUCGCGGCGGCGGCCGUGGAUUGCGGCGCGAGUAGGUAUUACCUUGUGGAGGAGAUUGGGGGCGAGGUGUGCGAAAGGCUUAAGUUUCCGGCGGUGGUUGAGGUGGAGAACCAUGGGCCGAUGGACGGGAAGCAGUCGGUGCUCCUGUUCCUCCGGUGGCCGACCGCCACGGAGGGCCGGCCCGCGAGCCAGCUCGUGGGCUUCCGGAGCCAGGAUCUCAGGGCCGGGGAGAAGGCCAGCGUCAGCUUUGACAUCAGCCCUUGCGAGCAUUUCAGCAGGACGACUGUGGAUGGCACCAAGGUGAUUGAUAGAGGGUCGCAUUUCCUCAUGGUUGACGAGGACGAGAUGGAGAUCAGCUUUGACUCGUAAUCUCUAAAAUGAGACCACCGUUCGAUUUGGGCAUGUGUGUUGCAGGCCGGUCGACGAGGAAGCAGCUAGCAGCAGAAUUUAUCUUUAAUUAGUUCCGUGAUUUAUCCAUGUGUGUAAAAUUGAGUAGAGCCUUAGAAAUUGAUAUUGAGGGUCUUAGGCUAAAGAGGGUAGUCCAUGUAUUCGAACAAGACCCUGUCUAGAAAUUUUCAAUCAUUUUUGAAGUGUUUGGAUGUGUUCUCCAAAAAAAAGAGUGUUUGGAUGUAUAACUGAUUGUCAAUUUUAUCCCUCUUUUUUUUA